AUGUUAGAAUCAAUUGAAGAGCUCUAUUGCUCAUAAAAGCAUAAUUAACCAAUUUAAAUGGUUGUUUUCGAUUCAAAAUUACAGAGAAAUGAGAGAUUAUUAUGUUCAGAAUGCAUGGAUAAUUUUGAUUCUGAUGCUAGAACAAUUGGAUUUAAGAAAGUCAUUCAAAUGAUUGAAGAUAGAAAAAAGAAGAACAAAGAUCAAGCAGAAGUUCUCAUUAUGGGAGCAAUAAAAUCUGUUUAAGAAUUUUAAUCAGAAUUAGACUAAUUAAAGUCAACUAUCAUUUAAUAUCUAAAUGAACUAUUUAGGUAUACAACUAAUUGGAUAGAAAAUUUAAAUAUGAUAGGGUAAUCAUAGAUUGAAAAAUACAGUUUUUUCUAAGAAUUAGAUUCUUUAAUAUAGUUGUAAAAGGGAAAUGCUUAAGAAUGCAAAUUUGAAGAAUUAGCUAGAGUUAAUUAUUCUUGGAGUUAAAAAUUACUUCCAAAAUUUUAAUUAUUUUAGCAUUUCAAAGAAUUUAAUAAAUGCAAGGAUUGCUUGAAUAAUAUUCUAUUAGAAGUAAUAUCAAAAUCAACCCUAAUUUCAAGUUAAAUUUUACCUUAAAACAAUAUAUCAGAUAUAUUAUCAACUGGACUUACAAGUGAGUUUCAUAUAAACAAAAAUGUUCAACCUUAAAUGUAGGAAAUAACAUAAAUAAAAUUGAAAUUUAUUGAUGAUUCAUAACAAUAACCAAAGUGUACCUCAGUUAUGGCUUUUGACCCAAAAGGAUAGAUAUUAAUAACUGGAUAAGGUGAUGCAUUGAGUGAUAAAAUUUAUAAAAUAUGGAGUUUUAAUAAUGGUAAGCUGAAAUUUAAACAAUAAUUCUAAACAGAAGAGAUAUAAGGAAUAAUCUUUAGUAAGAAAAGGCUAAACUUUAUAACAUAUACAACUGUUAUUACAUCUUGGAGGUAUAUCUAGCCAAAUGAUUGGUAAAAGUCUAAAUCAGUAUUUAAACCUGGAACUGGUGCUUAGAGAUUUGAUUUACCAUGUGGAGAAUUAAAUUAAGAUGAAUCUCUUUUGUAUGUUGGGGAUGCUGGGGGAUCAGUAUAGAUAUGGAGAGUAGAUUUUGAUUUAAAUGAAGUGACUUACCUUGAUGAAUUGAAAAAGUCCUAAGAUCGAAUAGCAUCUUUAAGUUUAAGUCCUUCAGAAAACAUUUUAGUAACCUGCGAUAAGGUCAUUCAUGUAUGGUAAAAAAGAGAAGACGAUUAGUGGAUGUUUAAAUAUGUAGUUAAAUCAGCUGGCAUUACUUAACAAGGGAAUAGAAUCAAAUUUUUGACUGAUGAAUAAUUUAUUUGGAUACCAAAAAACAUUGAUACAGUUUGUGUAUUUGAAUUAGAAGAUGGGUUUUUCUAGGAAAACUUAGAUAAAUAAAUUUAAUUAACAGGAAGCGACGCUUGUGACCGUUUUAAAGGUCCAAUUAUAUACAAUAAAGAAAAGAAAAUAAUCAUUAUUUUACGUAAAGCUAUCAUACAUAUUAUUUAAAAACUUAACAACGGAACUUUUAGAAUAGCUGAAAAGUAGGGUAGAAAUGGUGAAAUAUGUGGUGGAGCAUUGACAGAAAAUGGGUAAUAUUUAGUAAUUUGGGAUGAAGAAAAAAAAGCUUUAUUAAGUUAUGGAGUUUAAUACAAUUGA